AUGGACUAUCUCUUCAAAACCACAGACUCCGUCAUUGAGAUACUCUGGGACGUCGCGCUAGCAUUCUUCAUUGUCCGCAUCGCAUUGACGUACUUCUUCUUCACAUUUGCAACUAGCACGCUGCUCUCGUGGAUCGUUAAUACAUACCGCCAAUACUUCCUACGGCUGCCCCUCGUCUCCGACCAGCAGCAGCAGCAGCAGCAGCACAUCACACCCUCACAAACGCAGCUUCCCACCCUGGUGGUUCCGCUUAUCCAAACCGUCGUGGGCCUCAUCGUGGCGCGGUACGUCGUGUUAGUCUACGACGUGCCGCGCGUGGCGUGGUUCCGGCUCGCCAUCGGGGUUCUGGCGGCGGCGGAGGAGGAGGAGGAGGAGGAGGAGGAGGAGGAGGAGGAGUAG